AACCAACCAUGAAACAAUCCAAGAAGCAAAGCACGUCGGAAACUUGCAAUAUUCAUUCAAAAAAUCAUACUAGUAUUCCAGGAUCAUGGUUAGUUUACGCAAAAGGGUAUUGCUAGAAUGGUGCCUUUGGUUUGAAAGUUUUUAAAGCAUUUUAAUUUGACUAGUAUUCUAUUUGCUUUUUUGUCACAAUUCAUACCGUUCUGUUACAUAAAGUCAAAGGAAAGGAGUGUUUUAAGAUAGAGGAACAGUCUAAAAUGCUUGCAAAGUGAAACAAGAGAAUGAUUUCCGAUUUUCUACGGCGCUGCAAUUUUGCCAGGAUGUUGUUUUCCAAGGCCAUGAUUCUGCUAUCGGCUGUUCUAGCCUUGAGUUGGAUCGGAACACAUAAACUUGAGGCCGCCAUGCUGCCUGAAGAUGAGGUGAAUGUUCUGAAUCAAAUUGCCAGAACGAUGGGAGCUACAAACUGGACUUUUGAUGGAGACGAUUGCCAAAAGAAUGACACACCCAGGGUAGAAAGAGGAUUCGUGCCUGAGAAAAACGUUACUUGCCACUGCGAGAAUGAAACCUGCCACGUAACUCAUUUAGCAUUUAAGCGUCAGAACCUUCCAGGUGCACUUCCAUCUGAACUUGUACACCUUCCUUACCUCAAAGAGAUUGAUUUUGCAUAUAACUACCUGAGUGGUUCAAUACCAUCUGAAUGGGGUUCGAUGCAGUUGGAGAAAAUCUCUGUCUUUGGAAACCGAUUAUUGGGGAGAAUUCCAAGCUCUCUGGGGAACAUUAGCACCCUUAAGUACUUGGACCUCGAAGUAAACAACUUUUCUGGACAAGUCCCCCGAGAGUUCGGGAAGUUGUUCAACUUGGAAACUUUAAGAUUGUCCUCCAACAGAUUGACUGGAAAUUUGCCAUCAGAACUUGCUGAUCUGAAGAACUUAACAGACUUUAGGAUAAAUGACAACAACUUGAAUGGCAGUAUACCAGAUUUCAUUCAUAACUGGAACAAACUUGAUAGACUGGAAAUGCAAGGCAGUGGACAUGAAGGACCUAUUCCAUCAUCCAUUUCUGCUUUGGAAAACUUAGAAAUUUUGAUAAUAAGUGACAUAGAUGGAACAAGUCAGCCUUUUCCAGAUCUAAGGAACAUGACGCGCAUCAAGCGAAUAAUUUUGAAGAAAUGCAACAUUUCUGGACAGAUCCCUGAAUAUGUCUGGGACAUGAGUGACUUGCGUAUUCUGGAUCUCAGUUUCAACAGCUUAAAUGGAGUCCUUGAACAUGUCAUACCCCCUGGAAACUUCAAAUUCCUCUUUUUAACUGGCAACAAUCUGAGCGGAAAUAUACCACAGUCAAUUUUGAGGACAGGAAUCACUGUGGAUCUUUCCUACAAUAGUUUCGCAUGGCAAAGUCCUCAGCAGCCUGCUUGUCGGCAACUGAGUAAUAUUAAUUUGUUCCGCAGUUCUUCAUCAACAAACCUAGAUGAAAUUUUUCAAUGCAAGAACGAUUUCCAAUGUGAAGAACAUUCACACUCUUUGUACCUAAAUUGUGGUGGUGAUGAUGUGAAAAUAGACGGAAAAACUUAUAUAGGAGAUAGAACUUUUGGUUCUGGUGGUGCUGCAACGUUAUAUCGAAACGAUGAUAACUGGGGAUUUAGUAGCACUGGAGACUUCAGAGAAGAUAACGAUGAACUGAACUUACAGUCACGUUUUAUUGCAACUGUUCAGUCACCCAACAAUCUCUCGGAUUUAUACACUACAGCACGCCUCUCUCCUCUUUCGCUUACUUAUUAUCAAUAUUGUUUAGAAAAUGGGAACUAUACUCUGACUCUACACUUUGCGGAGAUUCAAUUCUCAAAUAAUGCAACCUAUGGAAGCCUUGGAAGGCGAAUGUUUGAUAUUUAUAUUCAGGAUGAGCUAAUCGAGCAGGAUUUCGAUAUAGAAGCUGAAGCUAAAGGGGUUCUUACCCCGUACACAAGAUCAUAUAACGUUAGUGUAACAAAUGGUAGAAUAGAGAUCCGCUUCUACUGGGCUGGCAAAGGAACUCAAGCAAUUCCUGACAGAGGAACCCAUGGUCCACUCAUUUCAGCAAUCUCCUUGGAGAAUCCCAAUUUCAAACAUCGUGAUGCAGGGAAGAAAACGAAUGUUGUGCCAAUCGUUGUUGGUGUCCUAGGAGCAUUUACCAUAUUCUUGGCAUCAGGUAUCCUCUGGUGGAGAUACUAUUUCAAAGCCAAGAGCCGGCGAGAAAAAGAUCUUGAAGGACUAGAUGUUCAAACCGUUUCUUUCACUUUAAAGCAGAUUAAGGCUGCCACCAACAAUUUUGAUUCUGCAAACAAGAUUGGAGAAGGUGGAUUUGGACCUGUUUACAAGGGCCAGCUUGCUGAUGGUACAAUAAUUGCUGUGAAGCAGCUAUCUUCAAAAUCAAGUCAGGGAAAUCGUGAGUUCAUGAACGAGAUAGGCAUGAUUUCAUGUUUGCAACAUUCCAAUCUUGUAAAGCUUUACGGAUGCUGCAUUGAAGGGGAUCAAUUGUUGCUUGUAUACGAGUACCUCGAAAAUAACAGCCUUUCUCGAGCCUUGUUUGGCUCAGAAAAGAGUCAAAUGAACCUGGAUUGGCCUACCAGGCACAAGAUUUGUACGGGAAUAGCAAGAGGUUUAGCAUUUCUCCAUGAAGAGUCUAGACUCAAAAUUGUUCACAGGGACAUCAAAGGUACCAAUGUUCUGCUUGAUAGAGACCUCAAUCCUAAAAUAUCCGACUUUGGAUUGGCCAAGCUUCAUGAAGAGGAAAAGACCCACAUCAGCACACGAGUUGCCGGAACAAUAGGAUAUAUUGCGCCCGAGUAUGCACUGUGGGGAUACUUGACGUACAAGGCAGAUGUUUACAGUUUUGGAAUUGUGGCAUUGGAAAUUGUCAGUGGGAAGCACAAUAUGACUUAUGGACCAGAGAAUAAAUAUACUUGCCUUCUUGAUUGGGCCUGUAAUUUACAGCAAAAUCGAAAGCUCUCGGAGUUGGUAGAUGAAAAGCUGGGAACUGAAUUUAAUAAGGCAGAAGCAGAAGCAAUGAUUAAAAUAGCUCUUUUAUGCACAAAUGGUUCACCUUCUCUAAGGCCGAUGAUGUCUGAAGUAGUGGGCAUGUUAGAAGGAAAAAUAAUCGUUCCGGAAUCCGUCCCUGAUCCAGGUAGUUACAGUCAAGAUUUGAGGUUUAAAGCCAUAAGAGAUCAUCAUAAGUCUAUGAAUAGUCAGAAUUUGGGAGGAAGUCAGGUGAAUAGUUCAACAUCAGCAGGGUCCAGGAUUGAAGCUUCUUCUGAUUAUGCCUACGAACGCAAUGAAAUCAUUGAAUUCAAAGCCAUGGAAAGCCAGAUAUCAACAUCAGUCCCAUCAUGGACUGGCUCUUCAAUAAUGUCUGUAUCUUCACAUGAUUUUUACGACCUCCAUCCACGUUCGUAUUCCAAUGGGAGGUCUCAGGUGGACCUGCUCGAAUUUUCUGUGAUCACCCAGCCAUUAUUUAUUUACGUAUCACAACUCAGGAAAAAGUGUAGGGUCCCAGAAAUUUUCAGGAAGAUGUCCGAACAAGUUAUGUUUUCAAAUGUCAAAAGCAAUGUGCCUAAAAUGGAUGGUCUCUUUUUUUUCUUUGCUGCGAAGAUGUUCUUCCCUAAAGCCACCACACUUCUGCUAUCAGUUGUUCUUGCUUUCAGUUGGUUAGACACGAACAAGCUUGAUGCUGCUAACCUGCCUCAAGAUGAGGUGAAUAUUCUGAACCAAAUUGCCAGAACGAUGGGAAAUAGCGACUGGAAUUUCGAUGCCGACGUUUGCAAUGUUACCGAGAAUGUGGACAGGGACACGGGUUCCGAGAAAAACAUUUCUUGCACCUGCCAAAAUGGAACCUGCCACGUUACACAUGUAAUAUUCAAGCUUCAGAGCCUUCCAGGAGUACUUCCAACUGAACUUGUAAAUCUUCCUUACCUCAAAGUGAUUGAUCUUGCAUACAACUAUCUAAAUGGGUCAAUUCCGCCUGAAUGGGCUUCAAUGCAGCUUGAGUUCAUCUCUGUCUUUGGAAACCGAUUAUCUGGGAAUAUUCCAACUUAUUUGGGAAACAUUAGCAGCCUUACAUACUUGGACCUUGAAGCAAAUCAAUUUUCAGGAGAAGUUCCUCCAGAGAUUGGGAAGUUAGUUAACUUGAGAACUUUGAGAUUGUCGUCAAACAGACUGACUGGAAAUUUGCCCGUGCAACUUGCUCAACUGAAAAACUUAACAGACUUUAGGAUAAAUGACAACAACUUUAAUGGGAGUAUACCAGAUUUCAUUCAGAACUGGAAGAAUCUUCAAAGAUUAGAAAUGCAAGCUAGUGGACUUGAAGGUCCAAUUCCAUCAUCCAUCUCUGCUUUGAGAAACUUAAUAACCUUGAUAAUCAGUGAUAUAAAUGGAACAAAUCAGCCUUUUCCUGAUCUUUGGAACAUGACAGGAAUCAAUCGGAUAAUAUUGAAGAAAUGCAACAUUAUUGGGCAAAUCCCACAAGAGAUCUGGCAACUGAGUAAAUUACGCGUUUUAGAUCUCAGUUUUAACAGUUUGAGUGGGGAACUUAUCAAAGUCACUCUCCCUCUGUAUUUAAAAUUCCUCUAUCUGACGGGCAACAAGCUCAGUGGAAAUAUACCAGCGUCAAUCUUGCAGACAGGACUUGCCGUGGAUCUUUCCUACAAUAAUUUCACAUGGCAAAGCCCUGAGCAGCCUGCUUGUACACGGAAAAUGGACAAUAUAAAUUUGUUUCGCAGUUCUUCAACAGAAUACCUGAGAAGAGGAGUUAUUCCAUGCACGAGUGAUUUCAAAUGUCAGCAAUAUUGGCAUUCUAUGUAUAUCAAUUCUGGUGGAGAUAAUGAUGUGAAAAUAAAUGGGACAAUGUAUGUAGGAGAUGCGAAAUCUGGUUUAGGUGGUGCUGCAACGUUAUAUCGGAACAAUGAUAACUGGGGUUUUAGUAGCACUGGAGACUUCAGGGAUGACAAUGAUGAACUGAAUGCAGCAUCACGUUAUCUAAAGCAGUCAGCAAGCAUGCCUAAUCAGUUAUAUGCCACAGCACGUCUAUCUCCACUUUCACUUACUUAUUAUCGAUAUUGUUUAGAGAAUGGGAGCUAUACGGUGAGACUACACUUUGCGGAGAUCGAGAUCACAAAUAACACAAGAUAUGCAAGACUUGGAAGGCGCAUUUUCAACAUUUAUAUACAGAAUGAGCUGGUGGAAGAAGACUUCAAUAUAGAAGCUGAAGCUGGUGGAUUUCUUACCCCACUAACAAAACACUAUAAUGUCAAUGUAACGAAUGGUGAAAUAGAGAUCCACUUCUAUUGGGCUGGAAAAGGGACUCAAGCAAUUCCUAGUCGAGGAGUCCAUGGCCCCCUCAUAUCAGCCAUCUCACUCGAUCCCAAUUUCAAACCUCAGCAUGCAGAGAAGAAAACAAAGACUUUGCCAAUUGUUGUUGGUGUCCUGGGAUCAUUUCUCAUAUUCUUGGUAUCGGGUGUCCUUUGCUGGAGAUACUAUUUCAAAACCAAGAGCCGGAGAGAAAAAGAUCUUAAGGGACUAGAUCCUCAAACAGUUUCUUUCACCUUAAAACAGAUCAAGGCUGCCACCAACAAUUUUGAUUCUGUAAACAAGAUUGGAGAGGGUGGAUUUGGGCCUGUUUACAAGGGUCAGCUAGCUGAUGGAACAAUAAUUGCCGUCAAGCAGCUCUCUUCAAAGUCAAGUCAGGGAAAUCGUGAAUUCUUGAAUGAGAUGGGCAUCUUUUCAUGUUUGCAACACCCCAAUCUUGUAAAGCUUUAUGGAUGCUGUAUCGAAGGGAAUCAACUGUUGCUAGUAUACGAGUACAUGGAAAAUAAUAGCCUUUCUCGGGCUUUGUUUGGACCAGAAUACUCACGAAUAAAUCUGGAGUGGCCUACAAGGCACAAGAUUUGUGUUGGAAUAGCUAGAGGUUUAGCGUUUCUCCAUGAGGAGUCUAGACUCAAAAUUGUGCACAGAGACAUCAAAGCUACAAAUGUUCUUCUUGAUAGAGACCUCAAUCCUAAAAUAUCUGACUUUGGAUUGGCCAAGCUUCAUGAAGAGGAAAAAACUCACAUCAGCACACGAAUUGCUGGAACAAUAGGAUAUAUUGCACCAGAGUAUGCACUGUGGGGUUAUUUGACCUACAAGGCAGAUGUUUACAGCUUUGGAAUUGUGGCAUUGGAGAUUGUCAGUGGAAAGCAUAAUAUGAAUUAUGGGCCAGACGACAAACAUACUUGCCUUCUAGAUUGGGCCUGUCAUUUACAACAAAGUGGAAAGCUAUUAGAGUUAGUGGAUAAUAAGCUGGGAUCUGAAUAUAAUAAAUCAGAAGCAGAAGGGAUGAUUAAAGUAGCUCUUUUAUGCACAAAUGCUUCACCUUCUCUGAGGCCAACAAUGUCCCAAGUGGUGGAAAUGCUGGAAGGAACAAUUGCCAUUCCCGAUGCAGUCCCUAACGCGAGUAGUUACAGUGAGGAUUUAAGGUUUAAAGUCAUCAGAGACCAUCGUAGCUCUAUAUAUAGUCAGAAUUUUGGAGAAAGUCAGGGACCUAGUAUGACAUAUUCAGGAUCUCAAUUCGAAUCUUCCUCUACUUCUGCUCUUAACAUCAAUGAAGCCAACGAGGAGUCUUAAAUCCACAGACGAACACUUUUUUGGGCUA